CCGACUGGCUCGCCAUGGCUCCGUGUGCCUCGAAGACGACGUGGGGCAGCGUGGAGGUGGCCCUGACCGGCCUCUGCGCCGUCCUGCUCUGCUGCGGCCCCAUGCUGGCCAGCUGCCGCCGGGUGACCUUCUUCCCAGCAGUGUUAACUCUCCCUGCAGGCAGCUCAGCCACCUUCUUUUGCAAUAUCUCCAUGGAGAACGACUCUGGCUCGGAGUACAGCCUCAAUUGGUACAGGGAGACCAACCAGGGCCAAGCCCAAAAAAUUGCUGAGAUCAGCCGGAACAACCCGCAGACGAAGACAGAGAAGUACCUGCUCACCAACCACACUCCUGCCUUCAAGAUUGAGAUCCUGAACCUCCACCAGGAUGACUCAGGCUCCUACUACUGUGGACUAAUCACCUUCUUUGAACCCGAUAAAGUGAUGGAGAGCAACCGGUCCCACCUGGUGGUCACAGCAGCCCCUGAGAAGACAAAUGCCACAGACGAGCCCGAGACGGAGGAAGGCAACACCCCGAACCACAGCAGGGCUGUGCUCGUGGGCAUCUUGCUGCUGACUGGGGCGGUUGUGCUGCUGAUCUUCGGCUACCUCACCGUCACAUACCGGAGAGGAGAUGUGCAGAAACCACCAAGUGAAAACACACCAGCGAAGGAAGAGAAGCCCCCCAUGGUGUCCAUAUCCACCGUGGACUACGGCGUGCUGGAGUUUCAGUGGGACCAGCACACCCAGGUGCCCCCCGAGACCCGGCCAGUUGACCAGACUGAAUACGCCACCAUCAUCUUCCCAGAGGAGAAACCCGUCACGCCGGAGCGGGGGAAGAAACACCAGGAUGAGAGGACUUGGCAGCUGCAGUUACAGCCCUGCUGAGGGCUGGGGUCCCUCCUCGCCAGGGGGUGUGGGCAGGGACAGGCUGCCCCGGCCCCUCGCUCCCACCACAGUUUGCAGUUGGGAAAAAUAGAGUGUGCCAGGACCAGAGCGACAGAGGCACCGCUGCUGGAGUUGAUAUCAGACAGUCCUGGCCAUGGUGGGAUUGUGGCCAUGAGAUGGGUACCACGGAACAAGGAAGGUCCCUCCUGGGCUCCACGUGCCACCUCUUCACUCAGGGCAGGGAGGAGGGCCGGGGCAGAGCAGUGAUGCCAACAGGUCUGUCCCAAAGGCGAUUUACGUCGUGCCUCAGUUUUCUACCUCCACCUGGGGCUCUCUGGAGUGGCCACGAUGCUUCCAUUGCCCAGGUCCAGCCCAAACUAACAAAGCAAGACUGUGGGAGGAAAUGCCGGAGGCCAGAGCUGGAGUGGAUCCUGGGAGAUGCUGCUCGCAGGAGCCUGGGGCUGAGGGCUUCUCCUUGCCUGGGGCAGAGACUGCCUUGUGUACCGCUAUUUAAAGAAACCCCUGGGAAGUAGGUUGGCUGUUUUUCCUCCUGUCUCCAGGCACUUUCCUCCUCUGCAAGAGGCGAGAUCUACCCUCAUGUCCCUCCCUGCACAGGUGGGAGAUGGAUCUGGCCCUGGGGGCUGAAUAAAGGGUUUCACGU